CUCUCGCAGGAGGUACGGCGCCUACGCGGGCUUGUGUCCGCGGCGGAGGAGGCGCUUGACGCAGUCGCGGGGUGCAGCGAGGUGGCCCAGCGCCUGCGGGCGGUUUUGCCCCUGCUGCAGGCCAAGCUGGAGGGCCGCGCGCCCACAUGGCCGGAGGUGUUGCGGCGGAAUGUCGCCAUGCACGCCGAUGCCAGCGACAUUGACGUCUCCAUUGCGGGUGCCGCCGCAUUGCGCAAGGCCCAGCACGGGCCACGGCUCGAGGUUCGGAUCACGCAGAAGAUGGAGACGCCCGAGGCCCCCUUGGGACAGUCGGCUGGGCUCCUGGACGACACUGUGGUCGUCCCUUCGGAUCUCGCCGCGGGGCUUUGGGAAGUGUUCGAGCCGUUGCCGCAGGAGCAGGUCGUGGCCGAUGGCUCCGAGAAUUUGAGAGAGGAGCCCGUGUCGGAGCCUAUGGCGUUACCUCAGGAGCAG